AAGAGAAAGGAAACGCAUCACGCGCACAGGCGCAGUGGGGUUUGUUUCCGGGUGUGGAGAGGUCUUCUCGGUAGAAACUGUUGGGUCUGCUCGACGUCGCCCGCCGACCGUCCUUUCUUCUUCUCAGACACCUGCCGCGAUGAAUCGCUUCUUUGGGAAAUCGAAGCCUAAGGCGCCGCCCCCCAAUCUGACGGACUGUAUUGGCACGGUGGAUAGUAGAUCAGAAUCUAUUGAUAAGAAAAUUUCCCGGCUUGAUGCAGAACUGGUGAAGUAUAAAGAUCAAAUAAAGAAGAUGAGGGAGGGACCUGCAAAGAACAUGGUAAAGCAGAAAGCCCUGAGAGUGUUAAAACAGAAGCGAAUGUAUGAAAACCAACGGGAUAACCUUGCCCAGCAGUCUUUCAAUAUGGAGCAAGCCAAUUACACCAUCCAGUCUCUGAAAGAUACAAAAACAACGGUUGAUGCCAUGAAAGUGGGAGUGAAGGAAAUGAAGAAGGCUUAUAAGCAAGUUAAAAUUGAUCAGAUUGAGGACUUGCAAGACCAAUUGGAAGAUAUGAUGGAAGAGGCUGGUGAAAUCCAGGAAGCAUUGGGUCGUAGCUAUGGAACCCCAGAGAUUGAUGAAGAUGACUUAGAGGCGGAACUGGAAGCACUGGGUGAUGAACUUCUGGCAGAUGAGGAUAGCUCCUAUCUGGAUGAAGCUGCAUCUGUUCCAUCAAUUCCAGAGGGCACACCAACUGAAACAAAAAACAAAGAUGGUGCACUGGUGGAUGAAUUUGGAUUGCCACGAAUCCCUGCCACAUAACUUCUUGAUUUCACUGGGAAUUCUGUUUUUUUUCAUUUACAAACUUCUUAACAAAAACACUUGAGGGUGGUGGAGAUCAUGGCUUUCCAGUACCACUUGAUGUCACUACAUAAUGAAAAUACGGAAUGGAUGAUGAAUGACAAACCCCUUCUUUGAAGACAUUUUAUUACUAGCUUUUGUAUUAACAGCAAGAAAUUAGCACAAUUUUUUCCUUCAGUGGGAUCCAUUCAAAGUUCUACAUUUUGGCUUCAUUGCUUUUGUAGAUGCAUUGUAUGAAAAAUACUUGGUUAUUUAUAGUUUUCUUUGAUUGUAAUUCUCUUGGGAAAACAAAAGGGCAGUUGUGGUGGUUUCUCUUAAAGUUUCCUUUAUUGUGCUCACUUUGCUCAUAAAAUUAUGCAUUUUCUAAGAUUACAUCAAUUUUGACUCUCAUGCUACUGUAUUUUCCAUCACUAUAGCAGUAACAUACAUGCAAAGGAGAUUACCUUGUGUAAAACAUUUUAACAUAAAAUGAUAAAAUGUAUAUCAUGUAGCUAGCUUUAUUCUGUUGUGUGGUGUUAUAUAUACAUAUAUACACACACUGUUCUUUUUGUCUCCGUUACUAAGACAAUACUCAGAUGUCAGACUCUCAGUAUUGUUGGUGUUCAUUUCUUCCUUCUCUGUGCCUGUCACUUCAAGGACACACAGUGCUGAUCAGCAACUAGUUUUAGGGAAAGACCAUUUUGAGGAAGGCAGACAGUGAUGGGCCAGAUCUCUGAAGCAGGGUACCAGUGAGUCUCAUUGCCAAUAGUCUUUCUGUAUACCUCUGUGGGGCUGAAUUUGGCCCUGAGGCCUCCAGCCAAUUCCUUUUGGGAAUCAACAACACAAGUAUUUCCUUUCACAAGCUUAAACCUAGGCACAACAACUUGGAAAUGUUACACUGGAAUCAAUAAGAUGAUUGAGAUGUAAGCAGUUGAGACUUGUUUCUAAUUUCAGUCCCUCCCAUUCUUUGAUUUUCUUGCUUUUAUUUGGAAUAUUGUGUAACUACUAGCUUUACAUUAUAAUAUCCUUAUACUGUGGAGGUAUAUGUAUGUUUCCCUGCAUAACACUUUUCUUUUUAUUUGGUUAUGUGAAAUGAGGAUUGCCAACUAACAAUACAAAAUAUGACUGGUUUGGAA